AUGUGUAGAAAUUUUAAAGGAAAAGAAGAACGUUUAUCCCCAAUUUUAAUCCAAAUGAGGGAUAGUAUAAAUUCAAAAAGAAAUAAUUUAAAUGUGAAGAGUAUCAAAAAAUAUUUAGAUAAAGGGAACAAACAACCCGUACUUGUAUUCUUUGGUGGUAGUACAGAUAAAGAAAUCGUGGUAUGUCUGGGUUUAGGAAAGUAUACUAUGCUGGAGCUAACGUCUUACGAUUUAUGUGACAACCUCGUAUUUUAUUUCAUAAUUGAAAAUAUAGAGUACUAA